AUGGACGAAGAUCCGAGCCUUCGCAAAGCUGUUGAAGGUGGCAGAAAACCAGAAGAAAGAGCUAGACUAUGCCGCCAGCUGUUUGAUCGUUUGACAGAUCCCAGCAACCGAACAGAUGUAGAGCGCUCUUCAGGAACCUUUUGGUUGGUUGGAUUGAUGGACCAGAUGAACAUUCCGGCAAAUAACAACGUGACGAACCGUCUAUACUCGAUGACCAUUGCGCAAGCAGGCGACUUUGACAACCUUUAUGACAAUGACGGAGACUUUCGUGAUCUGAUUCAGUGGCUCCAGGAAAAGGGUGGCCCAUUUUCUGGUGUGGAUGGCGGAGGAGGAGGAAAUGGAGGAAACGACGGUGGAGGACUCGUUGCGUGCAUAGCGUUAGACAAUCUGGCAUGCAGCAUGCCAGCAAUUCAUUUCUCUUGCCAUUGGGAAAUUUGCAGCGGACAGACCGAUCAUUCAUCAUUCGGAAGACACUGCUACAUCCUGGGGUGUUGUUUUGCAGUGUAG